AGUUGAAGCGGCUAAAGCGUAAACAUUCAGUCUGUUGUCGUUAGCCAAGAAAAAAAAACUCUUGUUUCUCUGUUUAUUAAUUUAUUUAUUAUAUUUCAUAAUUACUUUAAUAAAAUUGACAUGUUUUUUACUCUUAAGAAGUUUUAAUUAAGUCGAGAAAAUUUACAGUUUGGCCGUUUUUUUUUAUCGCUUUAGCUAACGCUAACGUAGCACUUAGCUAACUACAUAGCUACCCUCAGCUAAAUUAGUUCAAGCGGUCUUUUGACAGAAGAACAAACGAAGGAAGUUUAAAGCAGACUUUUGGUUUGGAAAAUAUAAUAUUACUUAUGUCACUUUGUGAAAUUCUGUGGAUAUUUUAGCUACACGACUAGCUGGUGAGCUAAGGGAUGUGCAACUAAGUUACCUUCCAUCCGUUAACAGUCCAGUUGGAUGUGGGUAACGUCGGGUUGCCAGGCAGUCGUUUGUUUUGCCGUGUUGGAGCUCAGGCGUUUUUGACUCUAAAGUAAGCAGUCCAAGCUAUUGCAAUUCCUCCAGUAUGGAGAACUAUGAGGAAUUCAUUCAAAGGCAAGUGAGGCAAAUAAGGACUAAUGACGACGAAGAGUCUGAACAAGCCAUCUUCAGCCAGCGGUCAUCAAAUAUAAGAUUUUACGGUUUGCCUAUUCUGCCUCCAUUGUUGAAUAAGGACCAGAAAGAAGAAAUGCAAAGGCUAAGAGAAGAAGCUGCUUGUUUGAUGAGCAAGAGGAAAAGUUCUUCUCGAGUGUCUUAUAUACAGACCAUUCUCGACAGCGUUCAGUUAAGAAAAGCUCCAACAUUUGACGAAUUUGAAGAUGAGACAGAAACUGCUAAUCCAUCCAACACUAGAGCUAUUACUUGCAACCCUGGAAGUAGAAACGAGUGUGGUGAAACCAUAGAAAGCCACUGGACUUCAUCCUCCUGCUCUGUUUUCCCAUCUGCUCAGCAGACACCUGGUGAGAAGGUGCAAAUUGCUCUCAGUCACCCUCUGACAUCUACAGUUUGUGAUGGUCAUACAGCCCUAAAUCUUAGACCUUUGGAAGGAGAAGAUUCAUUAGAGAACAGCCACACAACUGUUCUGUUUGAAGGAUUUCCUUUGAUCGGGCACAAGCCGGAGCCAGCUGUUGAGCUGAACACAGAUUGUGGAUUUGACACACAUUUACUGUCCCAAUCACUUAAACACCCUCAAACAGAUGUAAGUCACCAGGGACUGUCAUCUGGGUAUGUGACCAUUGAAACGUCAGACGUCAGCUCUAGUUGGAUUGAGGGAGUAGGAAUAGGCACUGAAGGAAGACGUUCAGAUUUUGGUGGUCUUUUUUUAAAUUCUUCAAACUCAACUGACAAAGCUAUUGACAUCAUCAGCCAUGCUCCAGUAGAUGGAGAGGUUCUAGAGGAGGAAUUUACAGUCUCUAACCAAGCUCACCCUGAUGAUAUAAUAGAGCCAGUAAACCCACCAGUGGAGACAGAUCCAGCUGAGGGGCCUUACCACAUGAGUCUUCAGAACCUUCUGAAGAAAUCACAAGAGCAUCGGCGUCGUCAGCGGAUGUUGCGCAACCAGGCAAAGGCUUUGAAAAUCAGUGAAGCUGAGCAUGCAGACCAGCACAGCCUUUCUGACAAGGAGAACGAGGAAUUUUUUCCAGGGGACACUGGGAAAAGUGAUCUGAGGAGAAUCAGGGAGAAGAGGAGUAACCAGGGAAAGGAUCAGUUGCCUGAGUUGACGAUACCCAGCCUUGAAAUCCAGACACAAACUAAGAGGGCAGAUAAAGAAAGUGUAGAGCCCUGUGAGCUGGCCAGCCAUGUUGAAAACAUAGAUGCUAUUAAAUUUGAAGUUCCAGUUGGUUAUUGCCUUAAUAAAGCUUCAGCCUCGAAUAAUGCAGGUAGUAUUACUGAAAAAGCAUCACCACCUCUCUCAAGCCAUCCAGAAAUGACUACCAGUCCCACUCGGUCCACUUCAGCAGCAGCUUCCCCCUCAGCAAAAUCCCUUUACCAGUCCAAGGGUAAGAAAACAGGCACUGUGCUGUCAAGGCCAUGCCAAACAGCAGGUAAAAAAUUUAAGAACGUGCCUACCCCCAAGUUCUGCUUAAGUCCAGUUCGCAGUAAAAAAGGCAGUGCUAUGUCUGGCUCAUUCAGGAAGCCCCUGGUCAAGACACCUAUUUGUGUGGAUGAUGAAGCAAGACCAGAUCCAUGUAGCCAAAGCAAAAAGGCUGUGAGCAUGCUGGCAGGGACCGAGGGAGACCUGCCUGUCUAUAGGAGCACAGAUCAGGCUGAACAGAUCGCUCAGCUGGAGCUCAACUUAUCAAGCCUUAAAGUCCUGAUCUCAGACCUAGAGUCUACAUUGUCAAAGUCGCAGGCAAAUUUUGAUCCCACAGAGGCAACCACAGUUUACAGCAGCACCCAGCAGACCCUGCCUGCAGAAAAUGAAAGCAUCAUCUUGCCAGCUGGUGAUGUGAAGUCUCCAUGUGUGGUUACCUUUAGCAAAACCACGCAGCAGGAAGCUGUUGCUAAAGAUUGCAGGACACGACCAGGGAGUAAACAGCGUGAGCUGCCACACUGUGUCACCUCUUUGGUGCAGAAAAUGAGGGUGCCAGAGGCGUUCCGUGCCAUCAGUGACUCAAAGCGGCUCUCUCAGAGAACCACCGUCCUCUCAGAUGCCAGUAACCAGCCUGAAGAGAGGAAGAACGCCUCAGGCGAGAAAAAGAAAGGAUUUGAAAGCAUAGAAAACUCCUUGAAUGGGUCAUCCCUUAAUCGCUCGUAUGAUGUGGAUACCCCUUCCAGACUCUGGUCCCAGCCUGGGCCCAAAGGGGUCCAGCUGACCCCCGAGCUGGGAGGGCAAGAGGGGGUGUCCCGUGCCAAACGGAGACUGCUCAUGAACACUGUGGAGAUCGCGUCAGGACAACAGGGGGAUGAAGGACGACCUCAGUCCAGCACACCAAAAGCCGCAUCACAGUGGCCUGAGCUGCAGCUGAAGCAGGAGCAUGAAGCGCAGGUCAAAGCUCUGAUGGAGGAGCAGUGCAGACAACAGCAGGAGCUGCUGCAGUCGCUGGCAACAAGAUACCAGUUCCUCCGGAGCGUGUCCUUCCCAUGUCCCGGCAAAGGCUCACGUCUGGAGGACGUGGCAACCUCGCCCCCCCCCUCCUCUGUCUACAUGGGUCUGGGCUCCUCCUCACAGACCUCCGAGCUCACGCUGGCUGAGCUAAGCGUUCUCUCAGACUCCCUCCGCAUCUCACAGUCUUGUAGUGGUCUUCCGAUCUGUCACCGCCCCCUAGUGGCGGCAGCAGUAAAAGGCUACCUAACCCGCAGGCUGCUCCGUACAGAGCGAGUGGCUCAGCUCAUCAGAACUAUCAAGGACACCCAGCUGUUUCUCAAGGACUUGCAGUCUCAGACACCAGGAAGAGAGUACAGCAGCAGACAGGACAGAGUUCUACAGGAGAGAGUCACACUACAACUGCGGUCAGCACGCUACGAGCUCCACGACCUCUUCUUUAGCCUGUGUCCUGCAGACCGGAUGCAGCUGAUUAGCUGGGACCGAGAACUGGCCAGAGAGAGAGAGCUCAAACACAAGAAUAAGGAGCCUCAGGCUGGAGGGAAAAGCUCUAUUUCUGCUGCCACCAGGAAAGCUCUGGAGAGGAAGAGGACAGUGAUGUUGCAGAAGAAAGCAGCUGAAAGGACCAAGUUGACCUUAGGUGCAGAGGACGGCUGGACCUUUGUGCCAAACCCACGCAGGGUUCCAAAGAAGGCGAUUCCUUUACGCCGUCCCAGAUGAAAAGCUCAGGCCUCCCGAGGGGCUCAUCUGGCUGUACCCGAGACAGGCGGUCUGUCAGUCUACUGCACAUACAUGUAGACGCCAACAGAGUGCCUUGAUAGCAUAUCACCACCUUCCUGUCAUUAUUGUUUUGUUUACAGUGUUGUGUCAAAAUUUGGAAAUGUUUUUUACUAAUUUAUCUUAAGCUCACUUUGAGAUGAGAAGCACGAAACCAAAAGCUCAGAAAUGACAUUAUCUAAAGUCUUUCUCAGCUAUAUGGCCUUGUCUUGUUACUUCUUAACUUAUUUUGUACCUGUAUCUUUCUAAUAAAGCAAUGUUUUGCAACUUGUUGAA